AUGAGUAAUAGUUUAGCAAAAAAAUUCGAUAAAAUUGUAUCGAAAUUAGGUAGUAAAACUAAAGAAUCCAAAUCAAAUGGUAAUGAAACAAAUGAUAAUCGUUCGAAUAAAGAAGACACAACACCAGAUGCAAAUGAAGAAUCACAACAUGAAUCAAUUUUACAACGAGUAAAAGGACAUCUUGUAUCAACACAUGGAUCAUUUAAACGUGAACAUCACCAAACACAAGGAGCCCCACCUAUUCAAGUUAUUAUAGACGAUCUCAAAGAUUCGCCAUUUAAAGGUAAAAAAUUAUAA